AAAAGACCUUGUAGUGCUCUCCUGCUGAUCUCCAUCAGUUAGCACCUCUCCAUGAUUAAUCCAGAGCUGCGGGAUGGCAGACCUGAUGGCUUCAAACGUCGGACAAUUUGCAACUUUAAACCAAACUGGAAGAUUUGCCUUUGUGUGUGCUUCGUGAUUAUUAUUAUUUUUGCAGCUUGCAUUAUUAUGAUAGUCAAAUGGCCAACAUGUGAUAAACGUGUGGCAUGUUCAGGGGACUGGCUUGCAGUGAGAGACAAGUGUUUCUAUUUUUCUGAUGAUACCAGAAAUUGGACAGCCAGUAAAAUAUUUUGCAGUUUGCAGAAAUCAGAACUUGCUCAGAUUGAUACACAAAAAGAUAUGGAAUUUUUGAAGAGGUAUGCAGGAACUGAUAUGCACUGGAUUGGACUAAGCAGGAAACAAGGAGAUUCUUGGAAAUGGACAAAUGGCACCACAUUCAAUGAUUGGUUUGAAAUUAUAGGGAACGGAUCCUUUGCUUUCUUGAGUGCUGAUGGAGUCCAUAGUUCCAGAGGAUUUAUUGAUAUCAAGUGGAUUUGCAGCAAACCUCAAUAUUCUUUAUAG